ACAGAGAGAGGGAGAGGAGGAGGGCAGAGCGAGAAAAUGAAAGGAGAAAAGAAAGGAAGAGAGGAAAAGAGGCGAGGAGACAAGGAACGGGACCGAGGUGAAGAACAGAACCGGGAGCAGAAAGAGAGAGACAGACAGGACACUGGACAAAUAGACAGAGAGGAAAGACGAGAGCGAAUGAGAAGAGAGGACAGAGAGAGGGAGCAGAGACACAGACCCCAGGAAAAAGAUGAAAAAGAGACGGAAGAACGGAGAGAUCAGGUUCCCCCCUUGCUGGUGGAACAGGACGUGGUGGAAAACGAUCCAGGAGCAGUAGAGGAUUAUGGGAAUGAAGGUUAUGAGGAUGAUUUUGAGAAAAUGGAAUAUGAGGAGGACUUUGAGGACUGUGAUGAGGAGGAGGAGGAGGAUAAAAGAGAGCGGGCUGAAGGUGAACAGAGGGAGGUGGAGAGGGAGCUGAGUCCACACAGAAGACAGGAGCUAGAGGACGUCCGGAGAGCCAUGGAGAAGGAGAACGAGAUGGUCAUCACUGGACACAUCAGAGCCUCAUCGGAGGAGUUUGAGAUCUUCCCCAGAGCGAGCUCAGACUUGAGGAAAAGUCAAGCGUACGGUCGAGUCAUCGACUUCACAGCGGCGAGGCAGAGAGAGAGAAACCAGCAAGCAGCCCAGAAACAGAAGAAACGCAGCGCUGAGAUCCUGCACCUGAUCGAUCUGGACUUUUCGGUCACAGAGUGUCUUCUAGAUCUUCCUCCAGUCCGGGAGUACGACGCGUACAUCAGGAGCUACGGGACGGCCAACACCAAGCAGGCCUACGUGCAGUGCAACGAGGACAAUGUGGAGAGAGACACCCAGACUGAGGACACAGACAUCAUGGACAAGUGGACACAACAUCCUCCGGAAAGCAGCGUCGCGUGUGGAGGUGACGGACACGACACCUCCACACGGGUUCCAUCAGACAAGGGCGUUACCAGGACGACGCUGGACUCCAAGCGUCUCACAAGGUUCCUCCAUUCCUCCACACAGGUGAUGGCAGUGCUUCUGGAGGAGAACAUGGCUGAGAACAACUCUGUAAAAAAGCUGCAGUCUCAAACACACACACACUCCUUCAGUGAUGGCUGUGUGCAGCUCAACACCUCACUGAGUUUCCUACAGGGUCGACAGGUGACGUUAUUGCACUUCUCCCAGACGCAGCCCCACACCCUGCUCUCCGUUCACUCCCCACACUCCGGCUCAGGCCACGUCACACUCGACAGGACGACUCUGAUCUGUGUGUGGAACAUCUGGGAGCCUUCAACACCUCAGAGACUCCUCAUCUAUGAAACUGAGGUGAGGAGCUGUUGUUUCAGUCCAGGGAAGGCUGUGUUGGUGUUUGCUGGGACGGAUGUGGGCUCUGUGGUUUUGUGGGAUCUUCGAGAACCUUCCAGCUCUCAUUUAAGCAUCCGAGUGUGUGAGGAGGAGUGGACACUCCGUUAUCCCACAUUCUCCACCGACGCUGUGCUCUCAGGGACAGGGCAUUUCUCCGCUGUAAUAUCUGUCGAGCCUGUCCUGGCCAACUUGGGGGCGGGGCUUAGGGAUCCACUGCUGCCAGAUCAAGAAGAGUCGAUGCGGUCGUUCCAGUUGGGUUCACUGGAUGAAAACGGACUUCUACAUCUGUGGGUUGUAGUCGAGUUGCCAAGAGCCGAUGAUUCUGGAUCCCAAACAGACCUGGGUCUACGUCCAGGUGGAAAGGUGAAGCUCCUGCACAGUUCCUUUCUACAGACGACCCCGAAGUUGGACAAUGGGGUCACGUCUCUCCUGAGCUCUGUCCUCAAAUUUCUUCCCUCAGACUCAAACCACUUCUUCAUCGGCAGUAACAUGGGUUUGGUGAGACAUGGGACCAGAAACGGACUCCGUGCUGUCCCGAAACUCUACAGGCCAAAGGACAGAGAGACACCAGCAGACAUCACGGCUCUAGAGUUCUGUCCCAAUGGAGAACCGUACUUUCUGGUGGGCUGCAGUGACGGCGUGGUGCGUCUCCAUGCGUGUGUGUGUGAGGAGGCGGUGUGUGAGUGGGCCGUGUGUUCGGGUUCUGUUCAGUGCGUGAGCUUUUCCCCGACGCGCUGCUCCGUGUUCUGCACUCUGGACUCUGCAUCUGUCCUGCACAUCUGGGACCUCACACAGAGAGACGAGUCUCCUGUCCUCACCCACGACCUCCACACUGACCCCGUAUCCACAAUGGCCGUAUUCGGAGACGCCGCACGUCAGAACCCGUACUCAGGCGUAGCUCUGGGGAAACGCUCCGGCAGCCUGGAGAUCCACUUCCUACUUCCUUCAUUCACACUUCCUCAACCCUCAGACGCUGAGAAACUCCACUUGCUGGCGAGCGACACGCUCUGAACACACACACACACACACACACACACACACACACACACACACACACACACACACACACACACACACACACACAAGAAACACUAAACUACUGUAUUUAUUGCAACUUAGAAUACUUUCUAUAUAACGACCAAACACUUUAAUACCACAGGAGUCGAAUCAAGUUUGUUUGUUUGUUUGUUUGUAUUGUUUUUCUGUGUAAAGGCAGUUCCUAUUUUUAUAUCAAAUUAAAUAUGUAUUAUUCUA